UUCAAUAAGCCACUUUGAGCUUAAACUUCCUUCAACAAUGGAAAAUAAUCUAAAAGUCUGGUUCAUCCAGUUUUUCAUUGUAGGAGUAUCCUUAAGUUUAAAGGCACAAUUAGUCUCUGCUGAACCAAAAUUUCCUUGCUACUUCAUUUUUGGUGACUCGUUAGUGGAUAAUGGAAAUAAUAAUAAUUUGAAUACCAGUGCAAAAGUCAAUUAUUUGCCUUAUGGAAUUGAUUUUCCACAAGGGCCGACUGGGAGAUUCACUAAUGGCAAGAAUAUAGCAGAUUUGAUAGAAUCUAUUUAUAUUAUAACUCAUCCAGGUGCUGUGAUCAGCUUGAACAAGCAAUUAGUAAAUCACAGAGUCAUGAAGUCAAGGCUUGCUGCCUUAGUUGGAGGUGAAAAAUUUGCAAAACAGUAUCUAAGCAAGUGCAUAUAUACAAUUGUGAUGGGCAAUAACGAUUACCUAAACAAUUACUACUUGCCACAAUUCUACUCUUCAAGCAGCCUAUAUACACCAGAGGAGUUCGCUGCAAUUCUUAUCAGACAGUACUCUAAACAGCUAACAAAGUUGUAUAAAUAUGGAGCAAGAAAAGUAGCUGUACUUGCACUUGGCCAAUUAGGCUGUUGUCCAGCAGAGGUAGCUUCAUAUGGCUCGAAUGACUCGUUUUGCAUAGAAACAAUCAAUAAUGCAGCCAAAUUAUUCAACGACAAACUGAAGCAACUUCUUGAUCAUUUCAACUAUCGUUUCGCAGAUGCAAAUUUCAUAUACACAAACACUGCUACCGAUUCAUAUGGAAACAUCACAAAUUUGAGCACUCCAUGUUGUGCUCUCUCGGAUACUGGACGUUGUCUUGCCGGAGCUAUUACAUGCAAUAACAGAGACGACUACAUGUUUUGGGAUGGAUUCCAUCCUACUGAGGCAGCUAAUUUGCUUUCUGCAAAAAAGGCUUAUACUGAAAUGUCUCCACUGUUCACCAAUCUUAUUGAUGCCGUAUAAAAACUCGAGAAUUUAUGUCCGUUCAUGUUAUAUAUGCUCAUUGUA